CGGGGCCUCCCCGGUCUCCCGGACGCGGCUCGGGGCAGUUCGGGCCCGGUCGGUGCCUCAUCUCGGGCCGAUGGAGGCGCCGGGCAGCAGCGAGGCCUGUGCCGAGGGGGCCCCGGCGGGCGCUGCGGGGCCGGGAGGGGGCGGACGGCCGCGGGACCCCGCAAGUGGAGCUUCACAAGUCCUUGGGACAGCAGCCCCUGUAACGAUCAAAAUGCAGAAGAGCCAAGCUUGUGCUAGAGCUCCGUCGGAAGAGUUCAGCAGCUUAGAUGUGUUGUGUGACAUGGAGUUCAAAGAAGAUUUUGUGAAGUUGUUCAAGAAUACUCUGCACACGCUCCCCUCCGUUGGCCUGCCUACCCUUCUGGCCUACAGAACCGAAUCAUCACGGAAAAAAGUACAGAUUGAGACAGAAGAGGACUGCGCUCCAAGGUGCGAGUACUGCAACAGCCUGCUGAAACCAUUCCCUUCCUUCGAAGACGCUUACCCGCCGGCACAGGACUAUGAAUCACAAUUCUGCUGCGAGCGCAAUCGAGACCUCUACGAGUUCAUCGUUAGUGAGAGGAAGAACCACGAGGGCACCUGGAGCAUUCCCACUGCUGCCGGCCCCGAUGAAUCCCACCUCACCAAAGCCGACACGCUGCUGUCAAAGGAGAUGGCGUAUCAGAGGCAGCUGGAGAGACAAAUGGCCAGGCAGUCAGCUCUCCUGGCAGCACAGCGGACGAGUAGAGCUGAACGUUCAAGUCAAGCUGGGACAAUUUCCUACCAGCUUUCCCAGGAGCCUCCAUCGCCAGAGGGCCGGACGCUGGUGCCCAGUGAGAAAGGACGACAAGACCAUCUCCGAGGACAAGACAUGCCUGAGGACAAGACCAUCUCCUACAGCGUCAGCUGCUGUGAUUUUACCCUUGUGGGUGGAAAGGUAGUGAAGAAUGCACUGUUGGAAAAAUACUACAAACAUGGAGGGAAAUUCCUUACCAUGCUUCCAGAUGGAACAGUGCAGCUGUUUUAUCCAUCUGGACAUCUGGCAAUCCUUGUUGUACGAGAGAAAAACCAACUGAUCUGCAUAGUACAGGAAGACAAGCCGAUCAAUGCCCAAAUACAAGCAGUAUUUAAGUCCAGUGGCAGAAGUACUUGCUAUUAUCCGAACGGAGCUGUGUGGAUAAAUAUGAAUAUUCAGGGCGGUCAGUACUUGGACCAAGGAGGCAAUAGGGUGAGAAGGUGGACGUGGCCAAAUAGCAUCAUGACACCAGAACCCCACGUCCCGCUGAAACCCAUCUUCAUCUCCUUGAACCGGCAUGUGGGGGUCAGGAUCCUGCGUCAGGACAAGAUCAUUGUUUCCUUCCUCGCCAGGGGGCAACAAGCAAAAUUCAACAUGGGAACCAAAGUGAAGGUCAGCGAUGUCAGCCGGCUGCCUCCCCUGGCCCAGCUGGGCGAAGAUGAGCUCCUGCGGCUUGCCUUCAGGGUGAGCAUUCUGCGGCUCUUCGACAGACUGCAUGGAUGCUUAAACUUCCCUUCUACUGAGCAGCGGGACAAAAUUAAGCCUCCAGCGUACCUUAUCACACAAACUCUAAAGAUCUUAGAGCUUUGCACAACUUCUGAUAUAAGUGAUGAGCUACGCAGCUCAGUCAGUGCGAUAGUAAAUGUUCAAGUCUGACCAGCACGUGUGUGGCGUGAAGGCAAAAUGAGCCCAGCGAGGCUCCCCGAUACUGCAGCGCUUGCACACCCUCAGCAAGGUUUCGCCUGCAGCCCUGCCACGCUGUGGCACAGAGCAAGGACAGCCCGUGGAUGUUCUGCACAGCCCUCUCUGGGGACCAUUCCACCCUAAGGGGUCUCUGUGUGAGAAGGGCUGUGGGGCAGGGAGCGUCACACCACAUUUUCUUGUCAACCCACCCC